AUGGACCGAAUGGGCAAGAAGCUGCUGAUGCCUUCGGUGACGAGCAGCACCUCGUCGUCGUCGUCGCCGCCGCAGCAGCAGCAGUACCGGGGCGUGCGGAAGCGGAAGUGGGGCAAGUGGGUGUCGGAGAUCCGGCAGCCGGGCACCAAGACGCGCAUCUGGCUGGGCAGCUUCGAGUCGGCGGAGAUGGCGGCGGUGGCGCACGACGUGGCCGCGCUGCGCCUGCGGGGCCGCGACGCGCAGCUCAACUUCCCCGGCUGCGUCGGCUGGCUGCCGCGCCCCGCCAGCGCGCGCCCGGGCGACGUGCGCGCCGCGGCCGCCGAGGCCGCCGACCGGGUGCGCUGCGACCCAGCGCUGCUGCUGCUGCAGCAGCAGGCGGCCGCGGCGCGGUGCCGCCACGACGAGCUCGACGACCUCGUUGGGGCCGCCCCCGGGCCGGGGGCCGAGCUCCUCGGCGGGAGCGACGAGGAGUUCGAGCUGGACCUGGGCUCGCCCAGGCUGUGGGCCGAGAUGGCGGAGGCCAUGCUCCUGGACCCGCCGGGCUGGGCCACGGGCAUCGGCGACGCGGAGGUGGCCCAGUGCUGGUCGCACGGCUCCCUGUGGGACGCCUGCUAG